AUGGAAAAUGCUUCACAAUUUUUCAGAGAUCGACUGAAGAGAGCAGUGAAGACUACUCCAGUUGCCAUCAGUAGUAUGACGAAAGCAGAACGUUCGAGAUGGUUUGCUGAAAAUGAUACAUUUGUGCCUACCAAGCGUGAGUUAGUAAUAUCAAACUUUUUUCUUAUUCAACAGGCUCAGCAGUCGCUUCCGUCAGAUGUGGAACAUAAGCUAAAGUCACUGAACCCAAUACUGGACGCCGACGGUGUGUGGAGAGCACUAGGUCGUACUGGUGCUGCUCUAUCAAACCCGCCUGCGAUUAUACCAUACUCUGAACCCUUUGCAGAGAUCUUGGUGCGUAAAUGUCACCAACCGCAGCACUCUGGUGCGGAUACUACUCUUGCCCUAGUACGUGAGCAGUUCUGGAUCCUCAACGGUAAACGGUUCGUCAGCAAAGUUGUGUCGCAGUGCCCAUAUUGUCGCUUUUUACGGAAGAAGAUCGCCCAAGUAGAGAUCACUCCUCGUAAGGUGGAACAACUCGUGCGAUCACCAGUAUUCGAGCAUGUGGUCAUUGACAUAGCUGGUCCAUUCAAUACCAUCGCAGAUCGCCGCGAGACGAGAAAUUACCAGGUAAAUUCUGGUAAAGCCUGGAUUCUGGUCAUCGUGUGUCGUGCAUCUGGUGCGGCCCACAUAGAGGUCCUUGAAGGUUAUGAUACCAACUGCUUCCUUGCAGGUUUUGAUGCUUUCACUAGAAUCCGCGGAAAACCCACGUCUGUGACCGCAGAUCUUGGUUCGCAAAUCCGUGGUGCUGCAAACGUCAUGGAGAGCCUUUGGAACCAUACCAAGAUGGCAAAGAUUCAGACAAAUCCCGAAACAACAACCUGGCACUUCGUACCAUCUGGAGCUCAUUAG